UGUAAUUUAAAAAAAAGUUUAACUUUUUUAAAGCAGAAUAGUUUAAAUCUGGACUCGAGAACAGAGAAAGGAACUUUUAAAGGAAGAACAGAAUUCUGACUGAAGAGUUCAACUGAAUAAUGAUGAAUAAGACAUUGGCAGUGCUCAUGCUUCUGAGCAUCUUUGUGGCAAGAGCUCGAAUGAGAGGAGGAGAUCAAACCAUCUUUGUGGGCCCUAACUUGAUACAACAAAGUCAAGCUUCUAUGUAUGAUGAACUGGAGAGUAAACUCACAGAUUUCAGUGCUCAAACUUUUAUCGAGGGAAGUGAUGUCAUUUUAAAGUGUGACAGUCCUAAAGUCAAUUGGAACGAAAUAAUUUAUAUCAUUUGGAACAUCAGCCUGCAAAGCAAAAAAUGUUGGCUUGGCAUUGAAUCGUCUAUUAUAAACUCCACUUGUAAUGAUGGAAAGAAGCUGCUCAACUCUUCAGAUGGAAUUUAUUUAUUAAUUCCAAAGAUUUCAAAAGAGGAUGAAGGAUCUUACUUAUGUAAUCUAUCAUAUAAUGGUGGUGGCUAUGGACAAAUGGUGAAUCUCAGUGUUCAUCAUUUUACCAACUGGCUGGAGGUUAUCAAUGGUCAAAGGGUUGCCGUCUGUCAAGCCAAAUAUGAACAAUCUAAACCCACUCUUCAAUGGGAACCCGCCUUGAACUUUUCAUCCAAUAUCAGUAAUACCAGGAAUGGUGAUAUGUCUUUUAUUGUGGAGAAUCGAGUGUAUUUGCCGGAUAAUUUUACCAUCAGUAACCUCACCUGUGUGGUCACAUAUCCCCCCAAAGCAGCGCAGCAGAAUCUAAAAAAUUUAGAAAUUAUUACCUUGGGGGUUGGUUCCAUUUGUUUUAUUCUUGUUUCCGUGGCUGUGGUUCACAUUCACAGGAAGCUAAACAACUCAAGUGCAUUGAAGGUAAUGUGUUGCAAAGCACCAGCUGAAGAAAAAAAAGAGUGUGAAGGGAAGCAAAGUGAAAACAUAGAGGCAACUGUACACCUUACCCAGUUCCUGUCAUUGCAAAUGAAAGAUCAGCGCAGUGUAUCCAUCCGGGAAAUAACCUGUGUACACUACCAUCUACUAAAAGAAGAUUGGAUUUGUCUGGAUUAAACUCAAUUAAAUUGGCAACACUGUAUGAGGCCCUCGACUGCCAAUAUUUUGCUCUUCAGCUGUCUAUGCCGCUGGUCUUGUCACUAAAAGUAUGAAAAGACAGCUGGUCCUGGCGGAGGCAAACAAUUCAACCAUUGAUUUUACUAAACCAUGUUGUUCACAAAUACAUCAAGAUAUUUGAUUAAAAGUUACACAAAUUAAAAAAAAUUUUUUUUGCUUGUGCUUAUUUGUUAUUUUUAUACAGACCAAUUAUUUUUUCUUCUCAUUUUACAAUUCACUGGAUGAGGUUUGUUUUGG